AUGUUUUUAAAAAAUUGUUUGAAGGUGAUGACUAUGGAUUUUGAUGUUGUUAUUGUGGGAGCAGGUGCUGCGGGUAUUGCAGCUGCUAUCGAAUUACAGAAGACAAAUUUAUCUUUUGUUGUAUUAGAAGCUCGGAAUUAUAUUGGUGGUCGAGCAUUUACUGAUCGAGAAACAUUUAUUUCUACACCAGUCGAUUUAGGUGCUAGUUGGAUUCAUUCCUUUGGUUCAAGAAAUCCAUUGUAUGAUUAUUAUCAAAGAUUAGGAAAAGAUGAUCAAUUUGAUUAUGACGAUGAGGGCGGUGAUGCAUUAAUUAUUGAUUAUAAUGGUCGACCACUAUUACCACAUGCUCGUCAACGUGCAAAAUUAGUAUUAUCAAGAUUAUACGAUCGUUUAGAUGAGUUUGCUGGUAACAACUGUAACAGUGAUGAUCAAAGUAUUGAGCAAGUUAUUCAAACAGUCUAUGAGCAAUUAAUCGAAUCUGAUGAACAAGUAAAACGAAUUGUUGAUCUUUCUCGGUCUGGUAUGGAACAAUAUGAAGGAUCCAAUCUCAAUAAUUUAUCAGCUAAAUGUUGGGAAACAGGUGGUGCGCCAGGAGGUGAUCGUUGGGUUUCCUGUGGUUAUGGAACAUUACUACAGCGUAUUUGUAAAGAACAUAAUAUACCAAUACGAUUAAAUACUCUCGUUACACAUAUUGAUACGAGUGAUACUACUCGAAUUGCUAUCACUACUUCAGAUAGUUCAUCAGCACUACUAUGUCAUCGUAUUAUCAUCACUAUUCCAUUAGGUUGUUUAAAACGUAAUACGAUUAUUUUCGAACCACCACUACCAGAAUGGAAACGUGAAGCAAUCGAUCUUAUGGGUUAUGGUUUAAUGAAUAAGUUAGUUGUACAAUUUCCUGAUUGUUUUUGGGGUUCUUCAACACGAACUAUUAUUCAUGCAUGCACUGUACGUCGUGGUCGAUUUCGUUUUACUAUCUGUUUACCGCCACCAUCAAAUAUACUAAUUUUUUUCGUCACUGGAACAUUUGCAAAAGAACUUGAAACAUUAACUGAUAAUGAAAUACUUUUAGAGAUUAUGACUUUUCUUCAAAAUAUAUUUCCUAAACGAACCGUACCAAAUCCGAUUCGAUAUAAAUUCAGUCGUUGGUCGCAAGAUCCAUUAGCUUAUGGUUCAUAUUCAAAUUUUGCUGUACACUCAAAUCCACAAACAAUUGCAGAUUUAGCGAAAGAGACCGCUGAUGGUCGAGUUCAUUGGGCAGGUGAACAUGCUAAUAGUAAUGAUGGUAGUGAAAAUUGGUGUUAUGCUUGUGUUCAUACAGCAUUUACAAGUGGACAAAGAGCAGCAAAAGCAAUUCAAAAUCAACUAAAUAAUUCAUAG